GGAAUCAGCUGAUAGCUUGCUUGUUGCAAACAACAAUUAAAAUCUUGUAAAGGUUUGCAAAUCUUUAAACGCGUGUUUUAUAUAUUUUUCACAAAAAAAAAACGUUAAAAUGAAGCGAAAAGAAUUUGAGAUUGAGAAGCAAAAUGAAGAGCUAAGUGCAAAUGAAAGUGCUGUUGCUGCAUUAUCUGAACAUCCACAUGUAAAAACAGAACCACCGGAAGAAAAUAAUGAGGUCAACGAGGUCAACAAUAUCUUUGAAAAUAUUGGUUGUGAUGACUAUUCAUGUAAAGAGGAGGAAAAUGAGGAAAUUAUUAAUCCUCUUGGGAACCUUUUGGAUGAUCUUCGAGCAUGGAAAGCGGAAUAUGACGUAUCUUUAGCAGCCUUUACGGCCCUUCUUGGGAUAUUGCGAAAAGCUGAGGAUUUUAAUUCCAUGAUAACAAAUAUCAAUCGUGGGUGUGACCUACCCGAAGAGACCCGUCAUGAAAUUCUUUUUAAUGACGGUGAGGAAGCUAAAGAUGAGUUCGACAAAUCUGACGAUGAACAAAUGGAAGCAAUAUCAGAAAUGUCCUUUUCUUCGGAAAAUUUUGAGGAAAAUGACACAGGAAGAGCAAAAAAUGUAAUUACUCUGAGGAUACCUGAGUACGAGUCAGGUAAAAUGCAUUAUGGGUGUUGAAAUAUGAUUUAGAAGUUUUCCAAAUGAUUCUUUUUUAAUUUUUUUUUUAAUAUCUUUUUUAGCUAACUACAUUACGAGGGAAAAGUUUGACGAGUUAAUGGUUGUUCUUAAAAAUCAAGAAAUAUCUAUUAAUGAACUGCAUGCCAAAGUUGACCGCUCGCUUGCACUUCAACAAAGAGACAAAGAUGAAAAGUCAAAUGUGGAGUCUUUGGUUACCACCACUCUGCCACCGAUUGACGGACUUCCACUUAAAACUUGUGAAGAGGUUGUGGCGUUUAAUGAGAAACUGAAAAAUGACGAAUUCCAAAAAUAUUUUCAUGCAAAAAUGGUCGAACACACUGGAAAAAGUGGGAAACAGAACGGUAUAGAGGUUGCGCUUUUUCUAUGCAAGAAAAUCUUCACUAAUGACGUACUCUCUAAGUUCUCAUGGACGGGCGUUAGCCGGUCUUCUCAGCCUAAAGAGACAUUUAUGAAAUUGACGAAUUUGCUAACAGCAUUUGAAAAUGUCGUCAGAGCAGCAGAUAAUUCAUAUUCUGAAAUGGAAAACCAUUCCUUUUUUAAAAAUAGAAUUUUAAAGCAUGGAAAUGCAAGAGCCAGCAAGACGAAGAGGAUUGAUGUGCAAGAAUAAUAAUACUUUUCCGGGUUUUUCGUCGGUUAAAAAAAUGAGGUUCUCAUCCAGAAAAACUCACGUGAGUUUUUCUGGGUAAGAACCCCAUUUUUAACCGACUUAAAAUCCGGAAAAGUAUUGUUGUUACUAUACGCCAAAAAAAUACUUUAUGCAAGAAUAAUGUUAAGCUAAGCUUUAUAAUUCUUUGUUAGUCUUAUCAUAAUAAAAAGUAUAAAACGUUAUAUCAA